AUUUGGACGUGUUUUAUUGUUCUAAGAUAACCGAGUGGCUCGGUGCUCGGUUUCGUCGAGUGUAUGAUAUUGCUGCACGUUUUCCUGAACCCCGAGCGCCCAAAGAAUUGAUGCGAAUUCGUACUAGGACUCCCUUUUGUACAUAACAUUUUGUACAUACGGUAUUCAAGUGAUGAGUUCGAGUAAUACACAGAGGGCGGGGAAAAGCAGCCGAGAUAGAGGGAACAAGUCACCGUCGACGGCGACGACACAGUCUCCCAAGGCGGUCACUGCCACAGAUGGGCAUGCCAAGCCGCCCGACGGCUUCAUUCCCAAAGUCCAGCCAACUCCCGAGCAGAUCCGGCUGGCACAGAUUAUCAAUGACCCAACGAAGCAAGAUGAUCCGGACAUCAGGAACAAAGUCAACCAGGUGAUGGAGGUGACAGGCCAGUCCAGUGAUGCAGUCGUGAUAGCACUGCAUGACUGUGACAAUGACCCCGCACGAGCCAUCACCAUGCUGAUUGAAGGCAACAAGCAGGAGGGCGAGUGGGAGACUCGGGGCAAGAAGAAGAAGCCUGUGAAGGAAGGCAAUCAGCAGCAGCAACAGAAAGGGGACCAAGGUGGCCCCGCGAGCAGCAACAAGGAGAACCGUGGGGGGCCUCGCGGGGAGGGCGGCCCCCCACGCAACGUGCCCCGGGGGUCUGGUGGUGGCCGCGGAGGAGGUCGUGGAGGAAGCUGGAAGAACAAGGAAAUUGAGAAGAAUGAACGAAACUUGGAAGACGGACGUUCCAGUGAGCGGACUGGUGACAUGCGGCCACGGGGAGGCAGCCGGCGUGGUGGCCGGGGUGGUCGAGGAGGGGGUGUUGGUGGUGGUCGUGGUAGCCGCACGUUCCAGAACCGGGGACUAGGUAGCCAUGAUGGCUUCCCCCAGUCUAUGGACACGUGGACCAACAGCACAUCAUCCGGAGGACAACGGGCACCUAGGGGAAGUCAACAGCAGCAGCAGGAUGCCAUGCCAGUCGGCAACUGGAAUGACCUGGCAGUCAGUGAGGACUGGAGUGAGGAGGACUGGACUGGUCAAUUGGAGACAAAGGUGUUCACGGCAAGUGGAGUGGCUGCAAAUCCUCCGCCAGCACCCGACACAGCGAGCAUCAUACAGCUGUUGAAGGAGUCUCCACACGAGUCAAUCAGUGUUGCCCAGUACAACCAGCAAGCCACCGAAUCCAUCAAGGCAGCGGUUGGGGUUGGCUCAUCAGCCAAUUCCGUGACGAACAGCACCUACCCCGUGGCUCAGACGGUGUCCUCAGCAGAUGCCUCUUCUGUCACAACCUCCAAGCAAUCAAGCAUUCAUCUGAAGCGCGCUUUCCAGUCGAGCGCAUCUCCAAUUAUUUUGUGCCUAAUUCUUUGCAGUAAAGUUCCAUCGUCAACAGUCUCCAGCAGUUCUGUGGGUCCGCUGGGUGCCUCCUCAGUUGCCAGCAAGGAUGUUGCUUCCUCAACGGCUGGUGCAGUGCCCCAGCCACAGUCGCAGCCAUCACAGCAACAGUCUCAGCAGCAGUCGCUACCUUCUCAGCCAGCGGCAGCGCCACCUCGGCCUCCUGGCAUCCCUGCACCCAAGGAACCUCCUCAGGGCCUGGGAAACAGUGUGGCCCCUACGGCCAACACACUGGGUGGUGCCCCCGCGUCCUCUGCAACCUCAGCAGGUGUCGCAGCAUCUGCAACUUCCUCGGCCAGUCACAAGCCUGGUUCUGUGAUGGCCCCUGAGCACCUGCUGCUGCAGUCACAGUCCCACUCCGAGCGCAGCAAGCCUGUGUCAUCCUCAUCUGUGGCUGGCCCACAGUCCAAGAUGUAUGCCGGUGGAGCUGCAGCCCAGAGGAACAGCCAAGGGCUUGAAGGUGGGCUGUCGACGGCAGGCAAAGUAGAGCAGCCAAUGUACUCGUCGGCAAGUGGAGCCCAGCACUACAGUAGUGGUGCCUACCCAGGGGGUGGGGGCAAGGGCCUGGUUGGCUCCUACCUGGCCCACUCGCAGGGUUUCCCAUCCUCCACCACAGGGGGGCAGCAGCAGCACUACUAUACCGCUCAGCAGCCGCAGCCCACCAGUUCCACAACCGCUGCCUUCAACCAGCAGCAGAGCAAUGGCUACCAGGGUCCGUAUCAGAGCAAUGCCUAUUCCGGGCCGAGCCAGCCACAGCAGGCAAACUAUGGGGUCUCUGCCAAGCUCUCGGCAUCCGCAGGGUUGGGUCCUCACUCAGUGAAGGAUUCAGUGCUUGACUCUUCCCAGCAAGGAACUGCCAGCCAGCACACAUAUGAGAACUCGCACGUCCCUGCCACUGCAGCGGGGCUCCCUUCUGGGCCAGCGUCGACGCUAGCGACAACAGCCUCCUCAUUAGCGGGUGCCACGGCAACGACGUCUGUGCUCAAGAACUCCAUGUCAGCAACAGGCAAGACCAUGCCUACAAUGCCGCCUGGAGUGCCUACUGCCAUGCUGGGCCACCAGUUCCUUGUGGGAAAUGCUGCCAUGCCAUACUAUCAGCAGCCUUUGUAUAGCUACGAAGACUUGCAGGUGCUACAGACUAGAAUGCCACACCUGGGCUACUAUGACAUGCAGUACCCUGUGCCUGCCACGAGCCUAGCCGGCCGAGACCUUACGUUGAACAACAUGGCUUAUGCAGAGAGUAGCAAGUUUGGCCGGGGCGAGAACAGUGACACCAGUCCCGGCACGGUAGCUGGGGUGGGACCCCAAGGGGCUGCUGCGGGCGCUGCAGCUGCUGCCCAAGGUGGGGCCCAAGGGGGACAGCAGGGGGCACCCCCCACAGCAGGACAACAGGCAGCAGCCAGCCAGCCAUUCCUGAACACACUGCCUCCCGGAUAUGGCUACUACUUCCCAUCCAACCUCAUGCCUGGAUCCAUCCACCACUACGGACCACCGCCCAUGUUCCCUGUGCCUCCAGCGACCAACGCCCACGGCCCCACCACAAGCGCGCAGUUUCAGAAAGCCAGUGCGUAUGCAUCCCACUCGUUCACCUCCGGCGGGUAUGACAGCCUGACUCAGACACCAGACUACGCCAAAAACACCUAUGGUGCAGGUUCUCAGGGACAGGCUAAGGGCAUCUCGGGUUCAUUGGGUUCGGCCGAUGCUUCCAGGUCAGGGCACACUAGAACCCACCCCCAUUUAGCAAAGUCUUUUGAGAAGCCGGGUUUUCUGACUGGUUCCCAGUCUUCGGCGGCAGCGGUGGCAUCCUCAACAGCAACAGCAGGCCACCAGCAGCAGCCCGGAGGCUCGUCAUACCCACAGUUCGCGGGUCCUCGUGGUUCACCUCCCUCGUUGGCAAAGCAGCAGCAGCAGCAACCGGGUGGCCACAUCCGACAAGGAUACCCAUACUGGGGCAACUGAGCAGCCUGUGUGUUGUGCUUGGGUGCCUUUCUCUGUAGCAGUUGCUCCCUCCUCGCCCAAGAAGAGUUUGCAUCUAUGCCUCUUCUUCAUCCACUCUCCUCGUAUUGGAAAAAAGAUGCACAUCUCUUGGAACUCGCUCCCCCACCCCGCCUUUCUGUCGAGAAGGAUGGAGCAGAAAAGGUUCUGUCCAAACGCGCUCACAAGACAGUCCUCCCCCGCCUUUUCUGCUACCCCCUUCUCUGUGGCCCAUCUUUUGCUCCUGUUGUAUGCCUAGCUUGGCUUGCAGUGCUCUGCUGCCAACGAGACGGUGUGACUGAACAUUAGGUCUCCAAGUGGCUGGCUGCUCAUGGGACAGUUUUUCGAUUAAGCGUGUGGUGUUCUGUGCCUCUGUGUACUGUGGUGGCCCUGCUGCAGUGACAGGGAUGUUGCUUGCUGCCCCCCCCCCCCCCCCCCUUUUUUUUUUUUUUUUUCUGUGCUGAAGACAGACUUUGUUUCUUACAUCUUUUUAUUUUUCCCCUGCCCGGCCACAUUUUUCUCCCUGUACCUGUGCCGUCAUUCUUCUCUUUGUAGCAUGCACUUGCUGUAUUGUAAACCCUACAGGUUUUUUUUUUUUUUUUUUUUUUUCUUUUCCCUCAAGUUUGUCUUGAACUUCUGUGAGAUCGAAAGACUCAAUGCAAUGUGUACUGGCAACUGCAGGCUCUGGUGUUCUUGCCACUUGUAGAAGCACGACCAUCUCUCUUUUCAGGCCUGUCUUGUGGGGGGAUCUCGCAAGACGGCGAUUGUGUGAAGUCAUUCUCGGGGAAAUGCGCUUUUUCCUACAAAUAUUUCCCUUUCUACACACAUGCUGCUGCACUGAUGGGUUAUGCCUGCAAAGUGUUCUAAUUGCGGAUUGUCCUUCUUUCUGAUGUUUAUUUUAUUAUUUUUUUUUUAAUUCAUAGAAGGCCUAAUGUGUUGCACCUUGGCUCAUUAGGCUUGUUUGUUGUUACUUGUAUUUCAACCUUCCUUUCUUCUUUUUUAAUAUAGGGAUGCCUGCCAGCCAGUUGUAGAGAAUCCUUCAAAAACAUUUUUUGCUAUGUGCUACAGUGCUCCGUAAACACGCCCUUGAUGUAAAGCAUUAGCGAUGACAUUUGAUAGCAAAAGUAGAAACUCUGCAAAGCCGUAGCACCGACAACAUUUCUAGCAUUUGUUUGUCAGCAGGUUGAGUGUAAGGAUAAAAAGCUUGGCCUUCAUUAAGUUUCUUUAAAGCUGUCUGGAGCAGGGCGGGAUUUUUGUGUGGCUCCUCGAGGGGUUCCAUCCCUUGUGUGCGUGUUUGGGUAGUGCCAUUUUCUGUGGCAUCCACACCAUGCCUAACGACAUUGCAGCAUCAAUCUAAGGCUGCCGUUUCACAAAUGUGCCACUUGGUCUUUUCGGCAUGAGUUCCAGCAAGGACUCUGUACAGCACAUUAAAAAAUGAAAAAUUAUAAACAGUACAAAGUGUACUUGAGACUUUGCAAAGUCCAUAUAGCGCAUUUAGAGAUGACAUUGCACAGAUUGACGUUGCUUUGCUGCCUUUUGUUAGUCUAAAGGUUAUGGAUUGAAACAGCACCGGCAAGGAAUGGAACCAUGGUGGGAGCUGUCUAUUUGGUUUUUCAUUAUUUUAAUAGCCUGAGCUGAGCUUAUGCCAUUGUGCGUGCUUGAUUCUUUUCUCUUUUGCCUCUUCAUUUUGUCUGUGUGCAUGCGUUUGAGUGGUUCUUUUGUACAUAUUUGCCAGGAAGCGACAUCGUAAGGCACUUUGACGCAUUCAUAUUCUGCACCAUAUUUUUUUACAGAAGCAUUUUUUUUCCCCUUGCAUUCUAGUGUGUGUGUCUGUGUGCUUGUGUAUGUGUGUAUGCUGCUUUCAUUGCCCUGUCCUCUUUUUGCUGUUUUUUUAACUUGCUGUUAACAGGAUUACGAUUGCCAGGUGCUGGCAGGCAGGCUGUCUUGUUGUGAAUGGGGGAAAGCAUUGCCUCCACAUAUUUGUUUUUCUGACGUGAAGUGCUCUGCAGAAAAGCAAAGAAAAUGUCCAGAGUGCAGUUGUUGUGUUUGCAACUUUGUUCUUCUUCAUGUAAUUAUUUUUCUUAGGUGCCUGUUCUAAGUAGCACUCGGUGUGUGGUGUGGAUAUAAGGGAAUUGCAGCAGCCUACGGUAGUAUUUUUUCUACUGAGCCAUCUUGCACGCUGUGCGAAUGUUGUCCUCCUCUCCUGUAAUAUUUUUGUGCCCUCCAUUUUCGUUUGUGAAGUUGACACACAUAAAAUAUAUAUAUAUAUAUAAUGUAUAUGUAUACAUAUUCGUAGGGCAAUUGAAACAGAGCAAACAGAAUCCCCUUUGUAAAGUUGUUUUACCCCACACGAAAACAAGAAAUAUGUGUGGCACUGCUGCGUGAAAUCAGGAUGAGAAGAGAAAAAAAAUAAAUGUUUGUAAAUAUAUGAAUAUACAUUAUUUUGUUUGUUUUCUUUUCCGACUGUGUUAUCAGCCUCGACAUUUCUUUGCUGUGCAGAAUGCUCAUGGUCUGAUAUAAGCAUGCAAAUGGGAAGAGCUGGUAGUUUGUUUGUGUGGUGAGAAGGUGUGAUAUAAAUAUAUAUAUAUAAAUAUAGUUUGUGACGAGAGGCUCCAGAAAAAAUAAAAUGCUUGUCAUUAAUUUUGA